AUGUCAACCUCCAAGUGUCUCCCAGCAACACCCCAGGCUCCCCCAGGGGGCCCUGGGGACCACGAGGCCCCCGAUCCCCUUUCAGAUUCUGUUCCAGGCAGGGGGACCGCUUCCCGAGAGGGCCAAGAGCUUUCCUCAGCAGCACUCGCACUGGAGAGUGCAGCGGCAACGGUGGCGGCGGAGGGAGGGGACACAUCUCCUAUAACAGAAGGAGACUCAAGCCUACGCCGCAACAGAUGGGCAGACGAAAGUGAUGAUUUGGACUCACCCGCCUUCGACCCGAUGGCGCCAGGUGCCGCCCCUCCGCCGCUCAGUCUUGGGGCCCCCGAGGCACCACCGCCUCCUGUCGUUAUGGAGGACAAGGGCGUCCGCGAGCUGCUUGUCACCGACUUGGACCACAGAAUGACGGAGAGAGAUAUUUCCAACCUGUUCACGGGGGUCAGGCGAGUCCAUAUCAAGAGAGGUGACAAUGGCCGCAGCAGGAGCAGCACAAUCUCCGCUGAAGUCUCUUUCGUGUCUCACGAGGCGGUCUGUGCGGCCUUAGCAAUGAACUGCCGGCCUAUUCCUCGGAGGGGUACCUCUCAAGGGGGGGCCCGCGGAGACCGUGGCAGGGGCCCUUUAAUCCUGAAAAUACAGCUGCCACCUCCAGACAGGCUUGAUGCGUGCUUUUCCAAGUUCCGGUCUGGAGGCCUUGUGGGCGCGCCAUCUGCUGCAGCCUCAGGAGGGUCGCCGGCUGCUGCUGCUGCAUCUUCCGAGGGACCUCGACGGGGUGGCUCAAUCCUCUCAGGCGGAGCUGGGGGCUCACCUCUCAGCCGCGGCGGAUCGGGAGGUCUUCAGGGGACGGCCCGGUCAGGUAAUCUCGAUAACAAAUGGCGAAAGAAGGGGAGAAGCCCGGACCCUCCACCUCCAGCUGCACCUACACAGGGCAGCAGCAAGGAGCAGCAACAAGAUGCCACGAGCAGCAGCAGCAGCAGCAACAGCAACGGGACAACUCAUGUGGUGCCGUUGGUAGACCCUAAGGAGCUGUUGAAGGAACAAUUGAAGCCGCAGGGGUUGAAGCUGAACCCCGCUAUCUUCGGCGAGGCGAAGCCUCGCGACGAGACGGCAGUGCUCCAAAGACUGAGAGAGGCCCGUGAGGGACCUUCCAAACAAGUGCCACCAACGUGUAGCUCCCCAGACACGUCGGGAUUGCAGAUGCAGAGUAUGCCUGUGCCUCCGCCUCCGCCGCCUCCACCGCCGGCACCUCAGCAGCAGCAGCAGCAACAGCAGACGCGGUGGCGCAGCAAUAUGCAGCUGCAGCAGCAACAGCGACAGUGCUCUCCUGAGAGACUGAGGCGUCGACAGGACCCGCUCUGUGGGGCAAAGCCACGAGAUGAGCCUCCACUCAUCUCAGCUCAAGAGCAACAGCAACAACAGCAGCGGCAGCCCUUUGCCCCCAAGCAUCAUGCUAGCACACCUGGAGCGGAAACUGUGCCUCUGAAAGCAACAGCGGCAGCAGCGGGGACUCCGCCCUCACAGACAUUGUCAACUGAAGCCGCGUCAGCGACCUCCCCUGUACCAGCCGAACGAAAAACUGGGGCGGGUCCGUGGGGUCACCGCCUUGCCCCCUCUCCUUCCCAGCAGGAGGAAGUUUCUCCUGUGCGUCGUGGGUGGCGCGGAGGCCAAGAGACUGCCAGUAGUAGCAGCAGCAACAGCAGUAGCAGUAGCAGCAGCAUUACUCAUGCAGAUGCAGGUGAUGCAAAGAGCAGCAGCCACAGCAGGGGGUCUUUGGGAGGGUCCCAACAACAGCGAAACAAAGGGUCUUUGGCGGUUAGGGAAGUUUGCGCUGUCUCGGGACCCUCCGAGGUAGCCGGAGAGCUUGGAGAACAGCAACAACAGCAACAGGCACAGCAGAGGAGCAUCAUUUGUGUUGCACCGACAGCGCCACCGAGGACAGGCCCGCUUGCCUCGCAGUUGUUUUUAGACAAGGUACCGAAGCAACAGGAACAGGAAGAACGGCAGCAGCAGCAGGGGAAGAAGCCGAAAGGACGGCAGGCUUGGCAGACCAAGGUUGAGGGUCUUCCGGAUGUGUCUAGCACUCAGCAGUCGCAGCAGCCCACGGAGGAGGGUAACUCGCAGCAGACGGCCCAAGAUGGGCCACCUAACCCACCCCGACAGGUCCAACAGAACCACCAGCAACAAGAGCAGCAACAGCAACAGCAGGGAACGGGUCACCGAGGCAGCGGAGGCAGGGGCGACUGGAGGGGAGGUAGAGGGGAUAAGAGGGGUGCGGGCCCCGCCGGGGGCGCAUCUGCUGGCGCUGGCAGUGGUGCCCCUCGCUGGAGCUCAGGGGCUUCUGGGGGCCCUGUUUUCCAGAGGGGACAGCAGAAGGAUGAUACUCGACCAUCCGUUGCGGCUGCAACUGCAACAGCAGCUGCAGCAGUGACGAGCAGCAACAGUGCCAGCCUAAACACCCGUAGUGCUGAAACGAGCGGCUGCACGGACGGCCUGAUUUCAUCCCCCACAGUAACUGGUGCAUCUCACUUGUUGCACUCCCGGGCGGUUCGCCAGGAGAAGCAGACCAGCAAGGGAGAGGUGACGGCAAAAGCACAGGAACGGGACGCGGAGGAGGCCAAGGCGGAGGGGGGGGCCGACGGUCUGUGGCAGGCGGGACGCGGGAAGAACAGCAAGGAGCUCCCAGCUUGCCAGCGGGUGGAGAGACGUCAGGCGCAGCAGCUGCUGUUUCAAGAGAACCUGCAGCCUCACAGCAGCAGCAGCGGCAUCAGCAAGCGGGGAAACAACAGCAGAGUGCUUAUAGGGAGGGAUUUCCCUUCUCUGGAGACAUACGGCAGCAGCGGCCUGCUAUCUGUGCCUAGGAAAACAAAUGUGCCUUUUUACACAGCGAUUCGAACCAACAGCAGCAUGAGCAGCUGCUGCCCCAAUGAGGAGGGAGAGGCAGACAGGAGACAGACGGGGGAUCCAGUGUCUCUAGACCCCUCGUGCUGCGUGCCGAAGGCCCCUCUGUGUGGGGCUAGCCCCACAUAUCAAAAUCUUUACAAGUAG